AAGAGGUCGGGGGGCCGGAGGCUUUGAGUCUAGCGUGGAAAAUGGGUAGGAGAGCGGGGCGUCUCUCGUGUUCACAGGGUGAGGGGCAUUCAGUGGAAGAGCAGCAGCAGCAGAGCACUCAGAGGCAGAGGAAGUGCUUGCUGGAGACGGACGAGGGUUCCGGGUUGUUGCUUAUCAGCGCACGCGGUGUUUAUUUACUGUCCCGAUCACUGUCCAGGGGGACGACCGGCACACCAGGAGGGUGCCGCGUGUUAGACGGCCGUCAGGAUGGCUCACGUCAGAGCUUCCACUUAGUUCAGAGGCCGUGCAGGAGGGUCAGGUGUGUUCAGGCCAGCGUGGCAGGCUGGUGUAUGAUCUAGCGCAUACCCUCCAGGUGGAUGGUGUGGACUGCCUGCCUUAGGUUGAGCGUGACCACGGAACACAGGUAAAAACUUAACAGCUCUUAGUUACCAGGUACCCACUCUGCUUCAGGCACAUUUCCCUCACUGGAGGACAAAACUGAGUCCUGACCAUGUCUGCAAACUCCUCAGUGGCGGUUUUAUCCAGCUUCUCUGAGCAUCUUCGAGUGGAAAGGAGGCAGGCUCAGAGCACAGUGAGCAAGGAGGGAGUCUGAGGUGACACAGAAGCUCAUGUUCCUGAACACUGAUGAUGACGCAGGCAGUGCCUCAGCCCACUAUUUGUAUUGUGUUUGUGCUCAGUUGCUUCAGAUUUUGUGACCCCACGGACUGUAGCCCGCCAGGCUCCUCUGUCCAUGGGAUUCUCCAGGCAAGGAUGCUCGAGUGGGUUGCCAUGCCCUCCUCCAGGGGAUCUUCCCAACCCCGGGGACUGAACCCCCUAUCUCUAAGUUUCCUGUGUUGGCAGACAUGAAGGGGCCAGAAGGAAAACGCACCAAAACUAAGAACCUAGGGGGGGCAUCAGCCCAAGUGGAGAACUCCAGCCUCCAGAAGACUCCAGCCUCUGAAGAUGGUGGGGAGACCCUCGGCAGCUACUGGCUGAUGAAGUCAGAGCCAGAAAGCCGACUGGAAAAAGGCGUGGAUGUGAAGUUCAGCAUCGAGGAUCUCCAGGCACAGCCCAGGCAGACGACGUGCUGGGACGGUGUUCGCAACUACCAGGCCCGGAACUUCCUGAGGGCCAUGAGGCUGGACGAGGAGGCCUUCUUCUACCACAGCAACUGCAGAGAGCCGGGCAUCGCGGGCCUCAUGAAGAUUGUGAAGGAGGCUUACCCGGACCACACACAGUUUGAGAAGAACAGUCCCCACUAUGACUCAUCCAGCAAAGAAGACAACCCCAAGUGGUCCAUGGUGGACGUACAGUUUGUGCGGAUGAUGAGGCGUUUCAUCCCCCUGGCUGAGCUCAGAGCCCAUCACGAAGCACACAAAGCCUCUGGCGGCCCUUUAAAAAACAUGGCUCUCUUCACUCGCCAGAGACUGUCCGUCCAGCGCCUGACCCGAGAGGAGUUUGAUUUUAUCCUGAGCCUGGAGGAAAAGGAACCGAGUUAGUGGCGACGCGGCUGCUGAAAUGGAUAAGGUGUUGCCCCAAAGUCAAGCUACCACGAGACGAGAGGGAGUGCGGGGAGCACACUGGGUGUGAGCGGCGUAGGGCCUGGUCCUUUCUAAUAAACACCCAUGCUGAAGUUGA